AAAUAAAAUAUGCUUUUAUUUUAUUAUAACUGUGUCUACCAAUUUGAACUUUCCAUUAAGACAAAAAAAUGGGUCACCCAGCCCAUUCAUCUAGAUACCUUCCGAAGACUAAAAAAGUACCCACCUUCUUGGUGCCUUAACAAACUUAAGAUCCGCCCCCGUCCCAACACAUACACGCACACCGUCUCUGGUUAUAAUUUUACUAGGAAAUUUGGGUGCAAAAAUAGUGCGGGAAGCACAGACUUGGGUCCCAGGGCAGCCCAACUGAGGGAAUGUGCUUUCUCUGCAAUUCACAACUACGCAGCCCAUUGACUCUCUCCCUAGCCUUCAAAAAUCAAUGGCUGUCUUCGUCUGGAGAUUUUCCUGCAGGUCACCUAAGUAGGGAAUGGGAAAGUGUCUAAGAUGAGGGCAGGACUGGAAAUCUCAUGGGUGGAAAGAGCCAAAUCGUUCUCUGCCUGCGUGUGGGAGAAGAGACUCCAUAACUACUACGUCCCGCAGUUGGCGGUAUCCUUGGAACUCCAGAAGGGCAGAUCCAGUGACUUGGAAAUAAGUUAUCAACACACUCGCUGAGGUGAUGCUAGGGUACUGAGAGCGGGCAGAGGCCUGCGGGGGCCUUCAAGACCCUCCUCUCAGGCAUGCGCUUAAACCUAACAGCGCCUCAAAACAAUCCAUAAAUCGGUUGAGGAAAAGACACGGGCAGGAGAAGCCCUAGAUCAUUUUUGUCCCAGAUUCUCCCACACCUUUCUGCCUCUCCGGACUCAGAAGUCAAGGUCAGUUCCGCCAAAAGGAGCGCACCUCCAAGGCAGACAGACGCGCAGCACUGCAGUCCGGGUCCUGGGAAUUAUUCCCGCCGGCUGGCCGAAGGGAGCCACACGGCUGGUUUAGGGACCGCACCCGGAAGCGGGGGUGGGUGGGUGGAUAAGCGCUGCACUCCCUAGCUGCGCUCGCGACCUCCGACCCAGCGCUCCUGCCCCGGCUCUUAGGGGGAAAGUGAGGCUGAAAGGACGCCGACGCAAAGUCAUACGCCGAACUUGGGUAGCAGAUCCCCGCCACUAUUCAGCCCUGCGCUAACUGCGCCUCCAUUCGGAGUCCCGUAUAGUUACUCGCCACCGGCGACCUCACAAACAAGUCGCCGAUCUGCGGAAGGAGGAGGAAGGGCAGGCAGGGCAGACGGGCGCUGGAGGAGCGCUGCCGAGAGAAAGGGGCGGUCCGGGGUCAGGGCAGAGGCUGUGGCCGCGCCUCCCCAUUGGCCGGGACGCGGUGGGAAGCUGGGGCAGGCAGCCAGUGGCGGGGGCGGAGCUUGCCUGGAGCCCCGCCCCGGCCCCGCCCCCGGCCCGCUGUCCCACUCCCGCGCCCCUCGCGCCCUCCGGCGGGCGGGCCGUCCGAGUUUUUAAAGUGGGCUGGAAGCUGCGGAGGCCGGACAUUCGAGAGCGGCCGGUGUACAGCUCCGGAGUCCGCUGCGCUCCGCUCCAGCUCUCCUGAGGCGGCCGUACAAUCCUCGGCAGUGUCCUGAGACUGUAUGGUCAUCUCAGCGGCCGCACUCGCCUGCUCCCGGAUUUUUUCCAACCUGCUCUCUUCGAGCCACUUUUUUUUUUUUUUUUUUUGGUUGGUUGGUUUUGUUUUGUCAGAUCCCAGAAAAGUGACUCCAGUUCGGGGAUAAACGGAACUUCAGGUCCCUUGUCGCUGCUCUCUUUUGGCGUCUUGCAACCUCCUCCCAUUCCUUUCCCCAGCCCCGCCUCCUCCUGCAGGUUCCUCCCCGUCACCCCUCUCCUCCCUCCUCCUCAGCACCUAGCCAGCCGUCCGCAAACUUCCACCUGAUUGUGCGGGACUCUCGGACCUGCGAGCACUGAAGACCUGUCUCACCUGCCGGGGCGACAGAGAGCUGCGGAGGGCCACAGCAAAGAGAGCGGCUGCAGCCCCUACGGGGUUAAGGAACCCAGGUGCUCCGGGUGUCGGAGGGCCGCGGCGACAAUGACAGCUGACAAGGAGAAGAAAAGGAGCAGCUCGGAGCUGAGGAAGGAGAAAUCCCGAGAUGCCGCACGGUGCCGGCGUAGCAAGGAGACGGAGGUCUUCUAUGAACUGGCUCAUGAGCUGCCGCUGCCCCACAGUGUGAGCUCCCACCUGGACAAAGCCUCCAUCAUGCGCCUGGCCAUCAGCUUCCUGCGAACACAUAAACUCCUGUCUUCAGUGUGCUCUGAAAAUGAAUCUGAAGCCGAGGCUGACCAGCAGAUGGAUAACUUGUACCUGAAAGCCUUGGAGGGCUUCAUUGCCGUGGUGACCCAAGACGGUGAUAUGAUCUUUCUGUCAGAAAACAUCAGCAAGUUCAUGGGACUUACCCAGGUAGAACUAACAGGACACAGCAUCUUUGACUUCACUCAUCCUUGCGACCACGAGGAGAUCCGCGAGAACCUGACACUCAAAACUGGCUCUGGUUUUGGGAAGAAGAACAAAGAUAUGUCUACCGAGCGUGACUUCUUCAUGAGGAUGAAGUGUACCGUCACCAACAGAGGCCGGACUGUCAACCUUAAGUCGGCCACCUGGAAGGUCUUGCACUGCACCGGGCAAGUGAGAGUCUACAACAACUGCCCCCCUCACAGUAGCCUCUGCGGCUACAAGGAGCCCCUGCUGUCCUGCCUCAUCAUCAUGUGUGAGCCAAUCCAGCACCCAUCCCACAUGGACAUCCCCUUGGACAGCAAGACUUUCCUAAGCCGCCACAGCAUGGACAUGAAGUUCACCUACUGUGAUGACAGAAUCUUGGAACUGGUUGGUUACCACCCCGAGGAGCUACUUGGCCGCUCUGCCUAUGAAUUCUACCACGCCCUGGACUCGGAGAACAUGACAAAAAGUCACCAGAACUUGUGCACCAAGGGGCAAGUGGUGUCUGGCCAGUACCGGAUGCUGGCCAAACAUGGAGGAUAUGUGUGGUUGGAGACCCAGGGGACCGUCGUCUACAACCCCCGCAACCUGCAGCCCCAGUGUAUCAUGUGUGUCAACUAUGUCCUGAGUGAGAUAGAGAAGAAUGACGUGGUGUUCUCCAUGGACCAGACUGAAUCCUUGUUCAAGCCACACCUGAUGGCCAUGAACAGCAUCUUUGACAGCAGUGACGACGUGGCCCUAUCCGAGAAGAGCAACUACCUGUUCACCAAACUGAAGGAGGAGCCAGAGGACCUGGCCCAGCUGGCCCCCACCCCAGGGGAUGCUAUUAUUUCUCUGGACUUCGGAAGCCAGAACUUUGAUGAAUCCUCGACCUAUGGCAAGGCCAUCCUUCCCCCAGGCCAGCCGUGGGCCACAGAGCUGAGGAGCCACAGUGCCCAGAGUGAGUCCAGGAGCCUGCCAGCCUUCACCGUGCCCCAGGCAGGUUCCCCAGGGAAUGCCACACCCAGCGCCACAAGCAGCAGCAGCUGCUCCACGCCCAGCAGCCCUGAGGAUUACUACUCAUCUCUGGAGAAUCACUUGAAGAUCGAAGUAAUCGAGAAGCUCUUCGCCAUGGACACCGAGGCGAAGGACCAGUGCAGUACUCAGACGGACUUCAAUGAACUGGACUUGGAGACCCUGGCACCCUACAUCCCUAUGGAUGGCGAGGACUUCCAGCUCAGCCCCAUCUGCCCGGAGGAGCCACUCGUGCCGGAGAGCCCCCAGCCCAACCCCCAGCACUGUUUCAGUACCAUGUCAAGCAUCUUCCAGCCGCUCACCCCGGGGGCCAGCCAAGGCACCUUCUUCCUUGACAAGUACCCGCAGCAGUUGGAAAGCCGGAAGACGGAGUCCGAGCACUGGCCCAUGUCUACCAUCUUCUUUGAUGCUGGGAGCAAAGGGUCCCUGCCCCCAUGCUGUGGCCAGGCCAGCACCCCUCUCUCCUCUAUGGGGGGCAGAUCUAACACUCAGUGGCCCCCAGAUCCACCAUUACAUUUUGGCCCUACGAAGUGGUCUGUGGGCAAUCAGAGCGCUGAACCCCUGGGGCCUCUGCCACUGGGGACCUCGCAGUUGGAGCCUCCCAGCACCCCGCCUCAUGUCUCCAUGUUCAAGAUGAGGUCUGCAAAGGACUUUGGGGCUCGAGGCCCAUACAUGAUGAGCCCGGCCAUGAUAGCCCUGUCCAACAAGCUGAAGCUAAAGCGCCAGCUGGACUACGAGGAGCCAGCCUUCCAAGACACAAGUGGGGGGGACCCUCCAGGCACCAGCAGUUCACACUUGAUGUGGAAACGAAUGAAGAGCCUCAUGGGCGGGACCUGUCCUUUGAUGCCUGACAAGACCGUCAGUGCAAGCAUGGCUCCUGAUGAAUUCACCCAAAAAUCCAUGAGAGGCCUGGGCCAGCCACUGAGACACCUGCCACCUUCCCAGCCACCAUCUACCAGGAGUCCAGGAGAGAACGCCAAGAGUGGGUUCCCACCACAGUGCUAUGCCUCCCCGUUCCAGGACUACAGUCCUCCAGGAGCUCAAAAGGGGUCAGGGAAUGGAGCCCAGGGUGAGAGGGCCGCUGCACCUGAAGUGGCCAGAAGCUGGAGACACAGUUGUUUGUGUGAACGCCCUCCUCCCUGGUCAUCCACAGUGGAGUCGGUACCGUGCUGGUUGGUCCCUUACAACACCCUCCUCUCUCCUCCUUUCAGGAGUGGCAAGUCGACUGCUGGGGCCAUCGUUCGAGCCUUACCUGCUGCCGGAACUGACCAGAUAUGACUGUGAGGUGAACGUCCCAGUGCCUGGAAGUUCUACACUCCUGCAGGGGAGAGACCUUCUCAGAGCUCUGGACCAGGCCACCUGAGCCAGGGCCCGUGGCCGGGCAUGUCCCUGCCCAGCCAUCUCGUCCUGCCAGCUUCACUUCUGUCUGUGUUGCAAUUAGGUAUCUCUAACACCAGCACACUUCUUACGAGAUGUACUGGCCUGGCCUACUGGCCAGGCCACCAAGCCGUGGCCUUCAUCUGACAUGCUCACUUUACUCUCCAUGUUUUAAAAACACAUGGCUGUUUUACCUGCUAUGUUUUACUGUUGAUGAAAGUGUUCUGAAAUUUUAUAAGAUCUCCCCCUCCCUCCCUCGAAUUACUUCUAAUUUAUAUUCCCCAAAGGUUUCUCUCUCACAUUCAGCAUCCAUUCUAACACGCAUGGUGGCUGUCGUCUCUCCUUAGGGAGGCUUUGGCUUCGUUCAACUAAAGUGUUCUUGUCCUUGUUGCCAAAGAGAAAGGAUUUUCUUUCUAAGCUCCGCCGUGGGUUCUCCCUCUUCCUACCCCCCUCUGUCCCACACAUAUUGUAAAAUUUAAUGUUUUUAAGGCCAACCUUUGCUCCAGUUUUCAUACAACUUAUGUAAGCGAUGUGAAGGGUCAGCUCUAGGGCUACCUGUGAAGCCACUCGGUGACGCUUACACAGUGGCGCUUACGUGGUGGCGUUCCUAAGCCAUUUGUCCCCCAUCUCACCCUGGGGUCCAGUGGAUACAUGUUUUUACUCAAAAGCAACACUGAGUUUUGUUUUGUUUUUUAAAGAAAAAGGAAAAUUUAUAUCUGGGUUUAGUGUUUAUCAUAUAUGGGUACUUUAUAAUAUCUAAAAGCUUAGAAAUGGAGUCCUGCUCACAAAAAUCACUUCUUUAAGAUCUUUUUACGGCUGUUAACUUUAUUCUCAGUGUUCUGGACACUGUAUCCUGUGUAGUACUCCCACGGGCCUGUACUAACCAUCACAGAUCUCUCUCUCUCUCUCUCUCUCUCUCUCUCUCUCUCUCUCUCUCUCUCUCUGGUGACCUUUUGCUUUUGUGAUAUGCCAUCGGUGUGACAAACAGUCCCAGGAGUGAAGUCAUUAAGGAACAUCGCAAGCUAUCUUCUCUCCUCGUGUUCUCUGUCUCUUACGUAUGUGUGUGCUGUUGCUGCGUGAGGGCUCUGACGUCGGCGCGUCGUGGGCGGGAAGGAAGCGCUUUCGCUUUUUCUCAGGCGGUGUUGCUAGCCCUUCAAGUGCACUGAGCUGUGUGACUGCCAGUCUCUCUCACAUGGCACAUUUGGGUGUUUCCUCGGCUACCAUGAAAUGGUUCUAUCGGGAAUUCACAAGGCAAGGAGGAAUCACAAAUGCAGCGACCCCGGUCCUUGGAGCUAAACUGGGAGAGGGUGCCAGGUGGAGGGUAGCAGGUCUGACCAGCCGUACGCCCUGCCACAAAUCACAGUUCGCAGGGCAAAUGACCCUGCACAGCCACGGUGCAGCGCCCCCUGCUGGCGAGCGGCGGGCAGCCCUCCAGGGACAGCCUCUAGCUGAGGUCAGUCACGUGAAGUGACAUGAACAGGUAGAAAGCACUGAAAAUGGUGUUCCAAGAGCACUUUGUAACUCACUGAGGGGGAGGGGAAGCACCUUUUGGGUUUGUGAUACCAAUCAACAUAAGCUGUUGUUGACUAGGGUACAAUAAAACUUUUCAGUGCACAUGAAGCCCGUCAGGCAAGAGUGCAGUGAGCCUAAGGGACUUACUGCUCAAACCAAAAAUUAACUUUGAAAGUCAAUCUACCUGAAAUUACCUAGGCAUGGUGUUGUUCGCGUCGCACAUCGGCGCACGGUGUGGCCUGACGCACACGGUGAUGGAACUUGAAGGGUUACUGACGUGCAAACGCUGGUAUUUGAUUUCCUGUGUUGUUGCCUCAGCAUUAAAGGCAUUUGUUUCCCUUUGCGGUCUUACUAAAACACUCUGAGAACUAUUCCGAGUUUCAUAGUAAUCUUUCCUGUCCAUGUAACAACUUCAUGACCGUUGCUGCAUUGUCCAAUUCCUACUGACGACAUUAUAACUGUACGGACUUAACUUUAUAAGGAAAUGUAUUUUGACACUGAUAUCUUAUUAAAGUAUUCUGAUCCUA